AUGGAGACUAUUCGGCGUAAUCGUCAUCGGAGACGUAGUGAGUGGGCUGGAACUGAAGUGGAGGAUACCAGCGGUUCGCAGGCUAGACGUGCUCGAUUGAGCCUUGCGCCGAGUACGAGUAGCGAACCUGCGGCUUUACUCUCUACAUUAUCACAAGCUGCCGCCGACGAAGAGGUAGGCCCCAGCCAAAUUGUUGCUGAGGAGACGGCAGAUCUUAGUGACGUUGCUCCUAAUGAAACGGUAGCACUCGGAGAAGGUGGCGUUAGGAACGUGGUAGAGCUAGACUACCGGGACAAACUGCUCUUUUUUGCCUGUUAUACUGUCUUACAUGGCACUAGCACAGCGGAGCUUAGAAGGUUGAUGAUGCUAAUAGAGCGUAGUUCACCAUUCAAGGAACUAAACCUCAACGAGCUUCUCGCCGGCUACACAGCUCCGAGUAGAGUCAAACACAAGACUUCGCUCGUCAUCAAUGACUUUUUACGUGUGAUCUUCAGACAGGUUUGUGGACCAGAUCCCUCAGAUAUAUGGAAUUUUGCUCAUCGUACAUCUAAUGUAUCGCGCAAGCCGGAUUUACAAGAUCUGCCUGAGUCCAUAGUUAUCACACUCAACGAUUUCGUAUUGGAUGCGCUUAGCCUCGGCAACGAGGAUUUGGAGGGAUACAGAUUGAAUUCGAUAAGAAGCUUGCGCACUAGUUACUGGAUCUCUCUGGGUACAUCCGAUGAAGAACGCGAGAAAAAGUUCAACUAUCUGCUGGAGCAAAAAACUUUCUACUGCGGCCAAAUCAGGACCUGUAUCGCAGAAGCACUACGAUCAAGAGCGCCAGGAACUAGGCACUUCACAGCUGGAUAUGCUUACAAAAUGCACAGAGGAAGUCAAAGAGAGCAUCAAAUUGCUACAAAUGGACUACGAGAUAUUGAUGGAAAGGUUCGAGGAGGUUAA